CCAAAGCUUGGUUGGAAUUUCUCACACUCUCCUCUCCCCUCCCCUUUCCUCUCUUCCUUUCUCGUUCCUCUCCCCAUUCUCGCCCCAAACGCUGCCAGAUUUGGACGCCUCGGCGACCGGACUUCCGCCGUCGGAUUGGCCGCGGAGGAUCCUGUGUCGGAUUCGAGUUCCGGGCUGUCUUCACCUCCCUGCGCCGGAUCUGGCACUUUCCACACCGUCGACAAUGGAGAUGUGCCUGGGCUCCUCCUACCCCGCCAUUGCCCGAUCCACCUCAAGGCUCACACCUUUGGCCGUUUUACUCGCGUUCUUUCUGGUUUUCUCCUCGCUAACUUACACAGAAGCUUAUGAUUCACUGGACCCAAAUGGAAAUAUAACAAUCAAAUGGGAUGUUAUGCAGUGGACUCCAGAUGGUUAUGUUGCUGUUGUUACGAUAUUCAAUUUCCAACAAUACCGUCAUAUCCAAACACCCGGAUGGACUCUGGGAUGGACAUGGGCAAAGAAGGAGGUAAUCUGGUCCAUGGUUGGAGCACAAACUACCGAGCAGGGUGAUUGCUCAAGAUUUAAAGGGAACAUUCCUCACUGCUGCAAGAAAGAUCCCACAGUCGUUGAUCUACUUCCAGGAACUCCAUAUAAUAUGCAGAUUGCAAAUUGCUGUAAGGGGGGAGUGAUUAGUUCAUGGGUUCAAGACCCAGCCAAUGCUGCAAGUUCUUUUCAGCUCAGUGUGGGCCAAGCAGGAACCACCAACAAGACCGUCCGUGUGCCCAAAAACUUCACCCUCAGAGCCCCUGGCCCAGGGUAUACAUGUGGGAUUGCAAAAAUUGUGAAACCUACUAAAUUUAUUUCACAAGAUGGAAGAAGAACAACACAAGCUCUGAUGACAUGGAAUGUUACAUGCACAUAUUCACAGUUUCUCUCUCAGAAAACUCCCACAUGCUGUGUAUCACUUUCAUCUUUCUACAAUGACACAAUUGUUAACUGUCCAACAUGUACCUGUGGCUGCCAAAAUAAUAUAACUCAGCCUGGAAGCUGUGUAGAGGGAGAUUCACCUUAUUUAGCCUCUGCUAUCAAUGGCCCUGGAAAAUACAGCUAUACACCAUUAGUCCAGUGUACAUCUCAUAUGUGCCCAAUAAGAGUGCAUUGGCAUGUUAAACUCAACUACAAGGAAUACUGGCGGGUGAAGAUCACAAUAACAAAUUUCAAUUACCGGAUGAACUACACGCAGUGGAACUUAGUUGUCCAACACCCUAAUUUCGAUAAUCUCACUCAAAUCUUUAGCUUCAAUUAUAAGUCAUUAACGCCUUAUGGAGCGAUAAAUGAUACUGCAAUGUUAUGGGGUAUCAAAUACUAUAAUGACUUACUCAUGGCAGCUGGACCCUUCGGAAAUGUGCAGUCUGAACUACUAUUCCGGAAGGACUCGUCAACCUUCACUUUCCAGAAGGGAUGGGCCUUUCCACGACGCAUAUACUUCAAUGGUGAUAACUGCGUCAUGCCCCCUCCAGAUGCAUAUCCGUGGCUACCAAAUGCUAGUCCUCGAUCAGUAGGCCCCUUGCUUCUUCCAGUCAUGGUCUUCUUGGCAACUUUGGCAUGCUUGUUGGUUUAUGUCUAGUAAAGGGCCUAGGGCUUGCCAGAAAAUUUUGAUUUAUUUGUACACAUAAAUUACUCAAAGCUUCUAGGAGUGAAUUUUGAUUUCUUAAAAGCAAGUAGGACCAAUUGUCUUGCUACACUGCAGAUUCAGGUGUGUCAUGUUCAACCAGACAAAUUGCACUUACUGUAAUAUAUAUUGGUGUUU